GGCUUCCACAGCCAGUCUGGCCGCGGGCGGUUUUCCCCGGGCCCGCCCGCCUUGGGUCGCGUCGUCUCCCGACGCCUCCUGCCUGGGCCGGGCCUGGGCCUCUCCGCGCUCCCUUAUCUGCUGCGGCCUGUGCCUGCUGGAGCUCCGAGCUCCGCGCUCUCUGCCCUUCCCGCCUUCGCGUCCUCCCGCGGUCCCCGCCCCGUCCCGCUCCUCCGCCGUCUCCCGCCCAGCGGCAGCUUCCCCUUUUCGCCCUCCUUGGCCGCCCUUUGCCCCUUCCAGUCCUUUCCCUCUCGCCUCGGAGCCCCAUUCUCGUUGGCUACCUCUUCGGCCCCACUCCUUUCUUCUCCCGCAUCCCUUGUGCCUCGCUCCGACUCCAGCCUCUCUUUCUGACGCCAGGAAUCUCCCGAGGAGCGCAACUUUCCAGCUGGAGACCCCGGGCGGGCAGAGCCCCUGGACAGCUCCCUGCUCGGCGUUGUCCCCAGACUCCCCAAGCCCCGUCCUACCCCUCUGGGUUCUGACUAGGAAUUUUCCUCCGUUCAUGUUUACCCGCGACAGGCACAGACUCUGGGUGAAAAGAAGGAACUUUGUGCUUUGGCUGCAGCGCUGCGAGUAUAAAGGGAUGAGUGGGUUGCACGGAGAGGUGUGAAUGUGCUUUUUGUCCUGGGGGCUGAUUGUUUCCUCCCGGUCUAGUUUGCCUCUUAGAGUUGCUGGGCAUGGUUUUCUUCCCCCAUACUCUACGCUUCCUGGUGGUCUGGGAGUUUCGAAAUCUUUAACGUUGUGAUGACAACGCUUACCUGCAAAUCCCUUCUUGAUCGUUCUUAGGUCUUCUCAGGGGCCUGGAAAUGUAGACCUAGACUUGCGAUUCAAGGAGGUCUUGGUUAAAACGGCAAGAUGUAAAUAAGAUUGUGACGCAUCCAUUUCGUUGAAAGAAAAAACCAGGAAUUUGUCCUUUUGAUGGAGGAACUUAAAAGAACUUUGUAAUUUUUGUAAGGUUGUGGAAAAUCCGAGGCAAAGUUAAAUUGCCUGGUGUGAUUUGACUUAAAGUAACUUCGAAUAGGCUUUUUAAAGUUUCAUCUCUUUGGAGAUUGUUCAACUCCACGAGUUCACUGCAGUGAAAACGCCAAGACUGUCUCCCACAGAUUUAAUAUUAAUGAAGAAGGGCAAGCCAGUUAUAUGUGUUGUCCAGAGUUUGUACAACCCUUUCUUUGAAUGGGGAUCUGGGGAUGCAGAGGAGCAUAAUGAGCCUUUUAUAAUUACAAACGUGCUCUUCUCUAGCUCUUAAGGUUAUGCCUAACGCUCACUUUUGCUCUUGGCUAAAAUAACUGAGACAAAAAGUUAGUAGUAAAAAAAAUGCUGGAAGUCUGAAAAUCGUUUAGACAGAACUUCAUUCCUGAAGUUUUAGUCUGUAGCCAGAUUUUAAUUCUGGCCUGUUUUGGUUUUUAGAUGAUAGAUAUUUUAGUGUGUCAACAGGAAUGUAAAGUUUGUAUUAACAUCUAGGGUGAUCACCUGCCAUGCUAUUAAGUCAGCAUGGUGUAAUUAAAAGUUACAUAUGUCGGUUCAGAGCCUCUUAGCAGAGUGUUACAUUGUAAGCUCUUGGAGGGCAGGAAUGAGCUUCUAGUCCUUACGGAAAUGGAGUUUAGGCUUCUAUCCCUAGCAUUCAUUCUAGUGCCGUGCACGUGGUAGUAGGAAUUCUGUAAAUAUUUGUGAAAGAAAUGAAUUUCUGCCUGUAGGGUUCAGCAGUGUAUACUUAAAUGUGAUGUGUACGUAAAUGCUGACUGAUUUCCAGAGAGGGCUAAGGAGGACUUGUGGGGGGUCUGCGGGUUGGGGAGAUUGGCUCAGAUGAUCUAUGAACUCGGUAAGGGCUGAACAUUGACUAACGGAUCAUAAGGUAAUUGAGGAACACUGUAAGUCAAACUUCAGUUUAGUUCUACCAGCAGGAAGAAUUUGUUUACAACCUACAAUAGUACUCUUUUAGAUGAUGUGAAGCUUUGAAAAUAUUGAAAUAAGUGAUUGCUCACCUCUCCCUCCAGGUAUAUAGGAAUUGAUUGUGUAUUUGGGGGAUCCUACCCUAAAUUGAGAAUUAGAGACUAGUGAAGCAUGGGAUUGUGUGGAUAAUGUUUCUUCAUGUUUAUGUACUUAAAUUAACCAGCAAAAUAUACGUGGAGAAUGUAUUUAAAUUUUUUUUUGUCCUAAGAAGUUGAGGUGCAGGCUGGCUGAUUUUUUUUUUUUUUUUUUUUUAGUAGCUGAAUUCUUUUGAGACUGUUUUCAGUGUUCCCCAGAGAGCUCUGCCUAAAAUACCUUAACUUCCGCAGAUAAGUAAAGUGAAAAGUCCUGAUUCCUUGCCUCUUUAUUUUGCGCUGGUACUACAAUAAUAUAAUGGUUACAUUAUAUCAAACAUUAUGACACCUUGACCUUUGGAAUAUUAGAGGUCUCACAAUAACUUCGGAGCCACCUUGAGAAACGAGCAGAUAUGAAUCAGAGAGGACCCAAGGGCCGGUGGAGAGGCACUGCUCCCUCUGAGAAUGCCCAAGAGGGGUGGGGGCGGGGCGGGGGGGGCAGGUAAAGGCUUAGAAAUAAAGAGGUGAAGUGAACCUUUUGCUUCAAAUAUUCUUUAUUUCUAUUUUUUUGUGGUACUUUUUUUUCUUUCUUUCUGAUUCUCUCUGAUAUGUUCAUAGAUGCUGGUUUGCUUAAUUUUUAUUCAAAAUUUGGUACUAAUAAUCCUGAGUGAAAAAAUAAUUUGGAGACUAGAUUCAAGGGUUUAUUAACAGACUUCUCUGUUGUGUUUCUUGUUGCUUUGAUUGGUUCUUCAUCUACCUUUCUCUGUUUAAAUAUAAAAAUCAGGUGGAAAAUAUGGAGGACUUUGGUUAAUCAAACUAGUUAAGAGAUCAUUUAGUGGUGCGUCUACACAAUAGUCAUUUCUAUUUUUUUCUUUACUUUCAGCCUUUCUUUAGGCUAAAGAGAAGUUUGUUUGUUUUUUCUUCUUUUUCCACUCAUGUGCACGAUGAAUUUUUUAGAGGGCUGCAAGUAUAUAGUUCAUUUAUUUUCUUUCUUGUUUAACAAUUAAUUACAGUAUUCCAGGCUAUGAAGAAAAACACAAAUGGAAGUAUCAACCUUACUGUGUUAACAGGAACAUCGAUAAGUAGUGUAAAAACUUGCACAAUGAAAUCCGAAGCCAAGGAUGGAGAGGAGGAGAGUCUACAGACUGCUUUCAAGAAAUUAAGAGUGGAUGCAUCAGGGUCCAUAGCAUCUCUGUCUGUUGGAGAAGGCACAGGUGUCAGAGCACCAGUCAGAACAGCAACAGAUGAUACCAAACCUAAAACCACAUGUGCAUCUAAAGACAGUUGGCAUGGGUCUACAAGGAAGUCUUCACGAGGAGUGGUGAGAACUCAGCGUCGUCGACGUUCUAAGUCUCCUGUCCUUCAUCCUCCGAAGUUUAUACAUUGCAGUACGAUAGCAUCUUCUUCCAGCAGUCAACUCAAGCACAAAAGCCAGACUGAUUCACCUGAUGGCAGCAGUGGGCUGGGAAUUUCAUCCCCUAAAGAGUUCAGUGCAGGAGAAAGCUCUGCUUCUCUCGAUGCUAAUCACACAGGGGCAGUCGUUGAGCCUUUGAGAACUUCUGUUCCAAGGCUCCCAUCAGAGAGUAAGAAGGAAGACUCCUCUGACGCCACCCAAGUCUCCCAAGCAAGUCUCAAAGCCAGUGAUCUCUCUGACUUUCAAUCAGUUUCCAAGCUAAACCAGGGCACGCCAUGCACAUGCAUAGGCAAGGAAUGCCAGUGUAAGAGAUGGCAUGAUAUGGAAGUGUAUUCGUUUUCAGGCCUGCAGAGUGUCCCUCCCUUGGCUCCAGAACGAAGAUCCACACUUGAGGACUACUCUCAGUCGCUGCACGCCAGAACUCUGUCUGGCUCUCCCCGAUCCUGUUCUGAGCAAGCUCGAGUCUUUGUGGAUGAUGUGACCAUUGAGGACCUAUCAGGCUACAUGGAGUAUUACUUGUAUAUUCCCAAGAAAAUGUCUCACAUGGCAGAAAUGAUGUACACCUGAUAGCAAGAAGCUAAUUCAUAUGCUUUAAACCAAUGAAGGCUUGUCAAAGAGAUUUAGUUAAUGGCAGACCUUGUGGCCACUUUGUGUGAGAAGACAUCUCUUUCUGCUCACUGUGCUUGCAAUAAAAACUUUUCUUGGCAUCUCAGUUAAUCUUCAUUCUUUAAACUUACUCUCUGAGUUCUUACAUACACUUCAAGGCGAGCAGAUCAAAGAAAAAUCCCCCUUAUUUAGAAAUGUUCCUGGGGAAUGAAGAAACCAUAAUUACUUGAGACUGGCAGCAGUGGGUAUAUGGUAAAAGCCUUUGUAAAACUGCAUUUUUCAGAUUUGUUUAAGGUUUGGUAGCCAAGGAAAGUAAAAUGUGAUUUUGUAACUGCACUAAACAUUUGUCAUGCUGUAGUUGCCAGCCCAGAAUAUUAGAAGUUACAAGACUGAUUUAAACCGUCUCUGAUUUAAUGCAAGAUAUAUUGUGUCUAUAAAGGUUUCUCUUGUUAUUGUUAAGCCAGAGAUCUAAGGUUUAGAUUCAUUUUGAAUAAACUAGCUGGCCUGCCCUCUAUUGUUUGAGAGAGUUAUUAACCAUCACUAGAUAAGCCCCUGCUGGUGCUAUUCAUCCUGAGACAUGUUACAUGCAGUUUCAAGUAAGCAGCUUGGAAUGGGCUGCUUCAGUUGGAGGGAGGGGGUGUAAUAUUUGAAACAAGUGUGUGUCUUCACCAUCUCCAGCAUUUUAAAUAUAUGGCUUUUUUUGUUGUUGUUAUCAGUUGUAAUACAGGUCUCAUACCUCAGUUUCAGAUGUUACAGAUGGUUACCUCUUUGAGUUGCCCUGUCACCCCAGCAACCCUUAAAGAGAAUUUUGUACAUUCUGUAUCCCACAGAUUUGGUCAACCAUUUCAAAAUUCCCUCCAGUUUGGUAAAAAUCUGUCUUCAGUUUCAGCUGGAUGAUGAAUCCUUGUUUUUCAGGUGGCUCCAAAAAGAAUGUUGCAUGUGUUCAGACCAUCCUAAGCAGAGCCACCAAAUUUAGUGACAGUGUCUAGCCAUGUUAGCAAUAAUGUUAACAGAAGCUUUUGUUUAAAUUACAAAAUACAUUUAUACUAUUUACUAAAA